UUCGUUUUACCUGUGGUCUGUCUCGCUAGGGAAAAUUGUAAUUUUUAAUCUGAAAGUGAGUUAUAUUUCGUAUCAUUUGUAUAUUUUUCAUUGUUUUAUGCGAUAAUAUAGUAAUACUCAAAGUUCCGUUACCUUCUGUGGUUCUUCGCCAGGUACAAUCUUAUGUAGACAGGAUUACUUAGGCACUGUCUAUAAUAUCCCAAAAAUACUAUGCCUCUUUUUGGUAAGUCUCAGAAGAGCCCUGCGGAGCUUGUGAGAUCACUAAAAGAUGCAGUUACAGCGUUAGAAAGGGGUGAUAAGAAAGCUGAGAAAGCUCAGGAGGAUGUGAGCAAGAAUUUGGUGUUGAUAAAGAACAUGUUGUACGGCACGUCUGAUGCAGAGCCCCAGACCGACAUCAUUGUGGCCCAGCUGGCGCAGGAGAUGUACAACACAAACCUACUGCUGUUGCUCAUUCAGAAUUUAAACCGCAUUGACUUUGAGGGCAAGAAGGAUGUGGCUCAGGUGUUCAACAACGUUCUGCGGCGUCAGAUCGGCACUCGGUCGCCCACCGUCGAGUACAUAUGCACCAAGCCUGAGAUACUCUUCACCUUAAUGUCUGGGUAUGAACAUCAGGAGAUAGCGUCAAACUGCGGUACCAUGCUGCGGGAGUGCGCCAGAUACGAGGCUUUGGCCAAGAUAAUGCUGUACUCAGACGAUUUUUACAAUUUCUUCCGUUAUGUAGAAGUUUCCACUUUUGAUAUCGCCUCAGAUGCCUUCUCUACCUUUAAGGAAUUGCUAACAAGACACAAAAUGCUGUGCGCCGAAUUUCUAGAAGCAAACUACGACAAAGUGUUCAGUCAUUACCAGCGGCUGUUGAACUCUGAGAACUACGUGACUCGACGGCAAAGCCUUAAGCUGCUCGGAGAGUUGUUGCUGGACCGACACAACUUCUCCAUCAUGACACGCUACAUCACCAACCCCGACAACCUAAAACUCAUGAUGAACAUGCUUAAAGAGAAAUCACGUAACAUACAGUUCGAGGCUUUCCAUGUUUUCAAGGUAUUCGUAGCCAAUCCAAAUAAACCAAAACCAAUCCUGGACAUCCUGCUCAGGAAUCAAGACAAGCUGGUAGACUUCCUCACCAAGUUCCACACGGAUCGCUCCGAGGACGAACAGUUCAACGACGAGAAGGCUUACCUUAUAAAGCAAAUCAAAGAGCUCAAGCCCUUGGAACACUAACGUUUAUUGCAUUUCAUUAUCGCCACUUCCUCGUCGACAACAAGUUAGUUAUAGAUGCUAUUAUAUUUAAAUGCUUCUAAGUCACCAGAGGGUGUUGGGCGGCGCUGCUAAGAUGUUCACUAAUACAUUGGAAUUCUAAAUGGAUUUUACAUUUUGGUCUGUGAUCAGUCAGGGAAGAAAGUAUAUAGGUAUUUGUGCUACGAGCAAAUUAACAUUUUUAAUAAAGAUUUGUAGGAAUUAGUGUUACUUAUUAUGGUUUGACUUAUAUGUUUUGUAAGUUGUUAAAACCAUUUUUAGUUUUUAUGACGUGUAGUGACAUUUCCAGUCACAAUCGAAAUAUGUUUUCACAUUCGCAUACGAUUCCUAUAAGUUUACGGUGUUUAGAUAUUUCGAAAAAUGAGCAGGUACCUCCCCGAUCCAUGAAUCUAUAAAAUGAAUGUAUAUAUGCGUUUUUUAUUUAAUAUUUGGCGUUUUACUUUAUUACUCUAGAUCAAUAUCAGAAGUAUAAAUUGUUGAAUAUGAAGGAAGUAUAUUUUAUACAUACAACGUCAGUAUUGGUUGCGUAAAUUAUAGGUAUUUAUUCCUAAGUUUUAUUCACCUGUAAGUUCACUUUAUACAUAAUUAUUUCCGGAUUUAAAUAUCGAUGUUUCUAAGCUUGUUACAAAUUCUGAUUAGAUUGCAUAAAUUACUAUAUAUAUUUAUAUGUAAGUACAAUAUUUGUCCAAUAUUGUCCAAAUUUUCGUUUCACAGUUUAAAGUAUAACUAUUUUAUUUUGUCAGCGUCAUUAAUGCAAUUACAUUCUAUCGAAACUGAAUAAAAUAAGAUAUUUAUAUCA